AACCGAAGGGCUGUUGACAACAGGGAUUUUUAAUUUUUUUUGCUAAAUAUAUUGGGGAGCUUACUUCUUCCAGAACACUGUGGUAACUUUCAACCCAUAUGAUUUCAAUGGAGGCUCUGUGCGGUAGACUAUUUUUUUCUUUCGCAGUAACUUUUGCUGAACCAGAUGGUGCCAACAGAUGUGAGAUGGCUUUGAGUUGUGUUUCUGGGUUUAGAGUGAUUCGCAUAUACACCCACAGAAAUUCACUUGUAGAAUCGCAGGCCAAAAGUCGUGAAAACAAUCACAAAAACAAACACGAGUGGGAAGUUUUUAUCUAAAUCAAGAGUACUCAACUAUUGGGUCACAACCCAAAAAUGGGUCGCAGCUCUGUUCUGAAGGUGUCACGGACAGUAGGGAAAAAACAAUGGUAAAUGUAAAUAAUAAAAUGUAACUAACCAUAUAAUUGCAUAGUUAAUGCCAAAACAUACUCUUAAACACCUGAACGCAGAUGCUUCUAGUUACACAAGCUCAAUGUAAUGCAUUGUUGCAAUCCAAAAUAUGUCAGACCCCAAUUCAUAACACAAUGCAUGUAUGUGUUGCAUUAUCAAUGUUUCCACAAUGGGCGCUAUUGUGAACAUUAAUGUGAGCUGAUUACUUCUACACUGAGUUUUUCUUUCAAGCCAACUACUGUCAUGGUGGAGCAACAAUUUGAAGAGAAUAUUGUUGCGCAAGUAAGGUUAGGUCAAUAUAUUUAAAGCAACUUUCCUGAAUAAUAACAUCCAGUUUAAUGACACAGACUUUUAAUGGUAAGUCUAUUGACCCCCUUGUGAAGUGAGGAUUGUUACCACCUCAGUAACACAAGAACCCACAUUAAAGGGAGACUUUCUUUCUUUUAUUGAACACAAAUGCCAUUUUUAAAGGAACAUCUCAGCUCCAUAGGUCCAUACGAUGCAAGAGAAUGGUAACCAGACCUUUCAAACUCCAAAAAUCACAUAAAGGCCACAUAAAAGUAAUACAUAAAAUUCCAUGUGAUAUCAUCCGAAAUAAAUAAAAAAUAUCUGUCACCUUUUGUUCUUGCUACAGUAUAUAGACCACCAAGGCCAUAUUCUGAUUUCCUUAGAGAAUUUGUUACUGUGGAUAGAGCUUUAAUCGUUGGUGAAUUCAACAUUCACAUACAUAAAGAAAGUGAUACACUGGGAUUAGCAUUUAUCAAUAUUCUGAACUCUGUUGGGGUCUGACAAAAUGUGACAGGAUCAACUCAUCGGCGUAAUUAUACAAUUUAAUUCUGUUAUAUGGAAUAGAGGUUGAUAAUAUAGCAAUUCUGUCACAUAGCGAUGACAUCACGUAUCAGUGCUUCAUCUCUUGUAUGCUGCGAUCAGCUAAUGUUACUCAAUCUACACCAUGCUAUUGUUCAGGUAGAGCUAUUCUUUCAACCACUAAAGAUAGAUUUACUAAUAACCUUCCAGAUUUGUCUCAAAUACUCAGUAAACCAAAAUAUUUAGAAGAACUUGAUGUAAUCACAGAAAAUAUAGAUACAGUCUUCUCUAGCACACUUGAUAGUAUCCCCCCCUUUGAUUAAAUAAAAUUAAAGAGAAAUGGCCUGCAACGUUUUACAAUGAUCACACUCAUGUUCUCAAGAGAACAGCUCGAAAAAUGGAGUGCAAUUGGAAGAAUACAAAAUUAGAGGUAUUUCACGGUGCAUGGAAGGAUAGUGUCUGUAGCUACAGAAAGGCACUAAAAGCUGCCAGGUCAGCAUAUUUUAGCAAACUCAUAGAAAAUAACCACAACAAUCCUAGAUGUUUAUUCAGUACUGUGGAUGAAUUAGUAAGGAAUAAAGCUUCGACUGAACCAGAUAUUCCAUUGCAGCACAGUAGUAAUGACUUUAUGAAUUUCUUUACUGAUAAAAUUGAAAUGAUCAGAAACAAAAUUGGAAUCAUGCAACCAUCUGCAGUAGAUCAAAAUCAUCAACAUGUAUGUUAGAUUCAAUACCGACCAAUCUAUUAAAAUAAGUGUUUCCUGUAAUCUGAAAACCUCUUCUUAAUAUUUUUAACUCCUCAUUAUCCUUAGGGCAUGUCCCAAGAAAAUUUAAGAUAGCAAUUAUUAAACCACUUAUCAAGAAACCACAGCUUGAUCCUGGAGAGUUGGCUAAUUAUAGACUGACCUCAAAUCUCCCAUUUAUGUCACAAAUACUAGAAAAGGCAAGGACCUCCCAACUAUGUUAAGUUUUACAAAAAGACUGCACUUAUCAGAGUUUCAAAUUAUUUGCUCUUAUCAUCUGAUCGUGGCUGCAUUUAUCUUCUAGUGCUUUUAGAUCUUAGUGCUGCCUUCGACACCAGUUCGUCAAAAUCUCUUGGAUAGGCUGGAGAAUUAUGUUGUCAUUAGUGGACAGGCAUUAGUAUGGUUUAGGUCCUAUUUAUCAGACCACUACCACUUUGUCUGUGUAAAUGAGUAAUUGUCAAAUCAAACUAAAGUUAUGUAUGGAGUGCCACAGGGAUAAUUUUUUGGGCCUCUACUUUACUUACAAAGCCUUAAAUGGUCUAGCUCCACAGUAUUUAUGUGACCUUCUAUCAUGCUAUAUUCCAUCAUGUUCACUAAGAUCACAAAAUUCUGGCCUGUUAAUAAUACCUAGAAUAUCAAAAUCCACAAAAGGAGGUAGCUCCUUUUCCUAGUUGUUCCUAAACUAUUAAUUAGUCUUUCAAAGAUGGUUCGGGACUCAGAUACACUCUCUCAGUUUAAGUCUAGACUAAAGACUCAUCUUUUCAGCCAGGCAUACACCUAAUUUUCUAUCUACUCAUAGUUAUGCUCCAUUUGUUAGGUCUGGUGGAACAGGUAACAUAUCUAAUAUUAUACUAUAAUCUUGUUUUAAAGUGAAUGGCAUCUAAGCUAAUAAUUAUUUAAUUUGUUUCCCUGUCUUAUCCUUGGGAUACAUAUCCUGAGGCUACCAGAGCCUGCCAGAUCCAGCUCUGGUUCUGCCUGAUGUCUGACUCCAGUCCUGCCUGUUGUCCAACUCCCACUACUAUGUGUUGCUGAGUGAUGAUGACCAACUGCAGCCUGUGCCAGCCAGAUAUCACUUCAGUCUACUACAAUGACUUCACAGAGGAUGAACUGAUGCCAGCACCAAACGGCAGACAUGUGCUUCAGGACGUUUUGCUGUAAAGGACCUCCCCCUCCCAGACCAGAGUAUGACGUGGUUUGCAUCGGUCUGACAGGCUCUGGGAAGACUAGUCUGCUCUCCAGACUUUGCAGUGAGGCAACAGAUAGCAUUGUCCCUACCACAGGUUUUAGCAUUAAAGCUGUGCCGUUCCAGAAUGCCAUUUUGAAUGUCAAGGAACUUGGAGGAGCGGACUCAAUUAAAAAGUACUGGAGCCGGUACUACCAGGGCUCUCAGGGGGUGGUGUUUGUUUUAGACAGUGCUUCGUCGGAGGAGGAUCUGGAGGUGGCACGUACAGAACUCCAUUCAGCCCUGCAGCAUCCUCAGCUCUGCACGCUUCCCUUCCUCAUACUGGCCAACCACCAGGACAAACCUGCUGCUCGCUCUGUACAAGAGAUAAAGAAAUACUUUGAGCUGGAACCGCUGGCACGAGGCAAAAGCUGGAUUCUGGAGGGCAGCACUGUUGACAACAUGGAUGCAGUCAAGGAAAGCUUCACUCAGCUCAUUCAUCUGCUUGAGGAGAAGGACCAGGAGACGGGCAGGAUAUGACCCAGGGAACCCAUUCCACCACCCUUCAGACACUACCGACCGCCAACUCACCACUGGCCAGCACAGCCCAGUUCAGCAUGGCCACUGUACCAACUUCAUUGUGACUCUGUUACUGUGGUGUAACAAAUUGAGCCAUGGAAAAAUGGACUUUGCGAUUAUUAUGAAUCCUUACGUGUAUGGAUACAUAUCUGCCGAGAAAGAAGAACCUCAGAACCUCUGAAGUUUGAUACCUUCUCCAGACCACAUGUAUUAACUGAGAACAAACAUUCAACACACAAUUACCUUUGACAGUAAAUAUAGUUAAAUCUGUCUUCUUUAAUACAGACCUAGUUGCUAAUAAUAGAUAAUGUAAUCAAAUGCUUGGUCGCGUAUUGCAACUGGAAGUCCUGUUUUUGUGGUGCGUAGAUUGUUUUUCUUAGCACAGUGUGGCGUGAAUGUUUGCGCAAAGAUGCGUGUUUGCAAGCGAGAGAUGCCAGUUUGUACGUCAAAGCCUUAAAGUGUGUGCUAAUGUAUUUUUAAAACAAACGUGUAAAUGUGUUCUCACAAACAACAGUCCUUAGAUGUAAUUGAAAUAGGAAGUCUUAAUUAUUUGUGGCUGUGAAGUGCAAUGUGAAUUAUGACUGAUUCUGAAAAUCACGAAAAUAUAAAAAAUUCUUCUCCUGUCAUGUAAUAUCUUUAAACUGCAUGGAGCUGCACUUGAUGUACCAUUGGAGCUAUAGAGUGAAUCAUAAAUGUACAUUUAUGAGUUAUUUGGAUUUUAUCAUUUUUAAGAGGUCCUUGUCGAGGGCAAAAUAAUGUUUUCUUAUCUUGGUCUAAUAUUAUUUCAAGCCAGAACGUAUCAAGGAUUUUGCUCUACUGUAUCUCUAUCUUGAAUGGUGAUGGUUGACAUUAUAGCAUUAUUAAAUUAUAGCACCGGUAGACUUGGAUGUCUUUUCACACCAAAACCACAACCAAUUCCCUCUGUAUGCAUGACUAUGCAUGCUUAUAUAGUGCGAUUGUUUGGAAAUUGCAUUUAAUUCGUUUUUUAUUCUUUUUAAUUUCUGUUGGCCCUGAAUGUAAAACACUCUCUUGCAUAAGUGCUCCUCUUCGUGUCUAAUGGCCUCCAAUUUAGAUGGAGUGAUGCAUUAUGUUUUGUUCUCUAGAUUUCUGUUUUUAUACCAUACUAUGUCCAGAGAUCUAAACAGAGGAAGCUCAUGCCAAAGCCCAGUCUAAGUGUUAACCAAAUUACUCAUGUGCUACAGCCAUGCUUCCAAAAGCAAAUAUCCUUUGAAAAAUGACCACCACCUGGAAUUGCAUAGUCAUUGUAGAACUUGCACAACAUCAUCUUGCGUUUUAUUUAUAUCUACAAAAUUUUUAUACCCUCCAAACAAAUUCAACUGCCUUUUUAUAAUUCAAAUGUUUGUACAUUUGUUACAGAUGUUUGUCUUGGUCUUUGUACUGGAAGAGAAAAAAAAAGUCCAGGUGGACUUUUGAGCAGUUUACUAUGGUUUCCCUCUAGUCAUUCACAUGAUUGAUGGUGUUUGUAUGUAUUUAUGCAUAAUUGCCACUGAGCAACAUGGAAAAUAAAGUCUGUAGAAGUACAA